GCUCCGCCCACAUGUCGAGCAUGAACUUCGCAAUAAACGUAAUUAAAAAUAAACGCGAGUCCAUCCUUUUGGAAGUGCAUGAGUAUAGUAAUUCGACCUGUCUCGUCUGUGUGGGAAGCAACAUAUUGUAUUAUAAAAGGAAAGUGGCAGAAGAAGUUUAUUCAGAACUUACAAUUGCUUUUGGUGAGGGAAAUGAGACAAAAUUGCAGUGUUCCUGCUUUCUUGAACAAGUUAUGGACCUUGGUGGAAGAUUCGGGGACGGAUGAUUUAAUCUGCUGGAGUCGGAAUGGUACCUGUUUUCAAGUGUCAAACGAGCGGCGCUUUGCUAAAGAGAUCCUUCCCUUGUACUUCAAACACAACAAUAUGGCAAGCUUUGUCAGACAACUCAACAUGUAUGGCUUUCACAAAGUGCUUCACAUAGGUGUAGGCUUGCCCCGAGAGCUGGAUGAUGUAAUUGAGUUUCAACAUCCACAUUUUAGACAAGGAGCUCCUCAGUUACUGGACAACAUUAAAAGGAAGGUUUCUGUGAGCCGGGUUGAUGAUCUUAAAUUGAAACAGCAAGAGGUGUUGAAAAUCCUGUCGGAGUGUCGUCAGAUGAAGGGAAAAUAUGACUUGGCUGAUGGCAUGAUUCUGGCAAUUAAAAGGGAAAAUGAGGCAUUGUGGAAGGAACUGUCAACUCUUAAACAGAAGCAACUGCAGCAACAUAAAGUUAUUCGGAAGAUUAUCCACUUUAUUGCUACUAUGGUACAGUCAAACAGUGUACCCGGAAUCAAGAGAAAAAUGCCCCUAAUGAUUGGUACUUCUGGAUUGCCUCAGUCCUAUGCCAAGUAUAGUCGGCCCAUCACUAUGGAUUCUAGUCAGGAUGGCACAGCUGUACAUGGUAUUCCGAAAUGUGAAACCUGUGAGAAAAGCAGUGUUUAUUCUGGAGGCGUUAUCAUCUCUGAAAUCACACAUUUGAUUGGAAGUCCGGAUCAAUCUUCUGAAGAACAGUAUAGUUUUGAGAAUGGAAAGCAGAGAACUGCCGAAACACUGUUCAGUACAGAUACAGACAACCUGGUUGCCACUUCCAGCACAGUGACAUCACCAUUUACAUCACAUGACCUGUAUGACUCACUUCUGGAUGAACACUGUCAAAUGACCACAGAAGAGAAUUCUGACCGGGGUGAAAUAAUUGAUCAUUUGGAUAUGAUUGACAACAGUUUGGCUCAGAUGCAUUCUUCACUCAGCAACAAUCGACUAAACAUUAAUUUGGAUUUACUCAAAGAUCUCUACAACCCAUCAGUUGGAGGAUUAGUAACAACAUUUCCUGAAGUAGGAGUGGACACCAGCAAGAGGGCAAGUGGACAAAAAGAUAGUAAUGCACAAGAGGAACAAGAUUAUACGGAAUUGCACAUCAAAGAAGGUCAAACUGAAAGUCAAGAUAGCAAUACCCUGCCUUUCUCAAAGGAGGCUGCAGAUGAGACCGAUAUGUUGCCAACCUUACUGGAACUGGCAGAAGAGGCUAGUGAUGCCACAUUUUUCCCCAGUGAAAUCUCUAUUUUCGACAGUGACACUUGAAACCAAGGAUCCAAGAUAAUCUAUAACUAAGUGGCACCCAGCUUUUGCUGAGAUGGGUGUAUUCUUUUCAAACAGCAGAACAUUGCAUUACUGCUGUAAAGUAGAAUUUUCUCAUUAAUGUGCAGUGGAUUUCUAGGCACAGUGCUUUCCUUUAGCUUGGGCUUACUCAAAUUAGACUAGUGAGCAAAAUUAUUUACAAGCCAAUAUCCUAAAUCUGAUCUUGCAUUUCUUUUCUUUUUUUGACAUAAGCUAAUGUAAUUAGAAAAGAGACUGCUGUGUAAUUAAAUGGACAGGUCUACUUUGGGCCAAUAUAUUGGCCUCUUUGUAUAACAUUUCCAUCUCUCACGUAAAGUACUUGAGUCAAGAUAUCACUACAUAAGCCAAGGUACUGAUGAACUGAAAGUCUGAUUAACUGCACAUUGCCAAUAGCCUGCUAAUUCAAAGCUGUUUCACUGGAGAGUCAUUCAGGAGAGGGGAAGACAGUAUAUGGCUUGGUUAUCAUUAGGCUUUCCUUAUGUUCCAUUAGCACUACUGGUUUUGAAUAGACAUCUUACAUGGGUUUGCUGCUGAGUACAGUUGUGUGAUUAUUAAUAUUGUGCAUCAGCUGAAUGCAACAAGAGCCUCACAGAAGUUGUCUCUGCACAGUCCAUUAAUAUAACAAGCCUUGGAUAUUUUAUUAUUUAGUCAUUUACUCUUCAGUCCUGCUUUUGAUCUGGUCUGUUCACCUGUAAUUUCCAGAAGAGGUUAAUUUGCACAGUUUCUGGCCUUUAUUUUCUUUUUUGCAUAACUUAAGACACCAAGGAUUUUUUUUAUUAGCUGGGUAUAUUUUGCAUGAAAAGUGAUUGCUACAGAAUGGUCAAUGGAAUUAGAGAAUUAAAAGAAAAAUGCAAUGUCUAACCAGAAAAUUGGUCAGCAUCAGUGGCAUGUUUGGUAUACAAGUUCUAAACAAAAUAUUGCCCCCUCUGAUGCUGACAAGUAUGCUGUUGAUCUUUCCUUUAUUGUGUUGAAUUCUGAGCAAUUUUUGGAAGUAAAUUGCAAAAUGCAGGUCCAUUAGUUAGCUCCACAUUUUAUUAUAGCAUCUUUACCUGCAUUUCUCUGGUUCCUCCACACAAAUCACAGUGCAGUUCCAUUUUGGAUUUCCAAUUGUUACAUAAUUUCUUCUUACUUACAUUUGGUCUGGAGGUUGAACCACAUCCAUCCAGUUUAAAAAUUCCGAUUAUUCUGGUUAGCUUUGAAUGGGUAUUAACGGAUGCACACACUUAUUUGCAUUACAUAGAAUUAAAUGUGACAACAUCUUUUAUAAUUGAAUUUUUAAUUUGCAGUUCGUAGGCUUGACUUUUAAUUUGUCCUGCCAUCCUCUCCUGUAAGGUGCUUGAAUAGGUUUCACAUGUAUUGGCAUUACUCUUGAGUUUCCGGCAGGAAUCAUUGACGAAUGAUCAGCAACUGAAAGGCCCAGGCCAUAUUCUAGAGAUCUUCUGUCUCUCUCAACUGUUUACUGCCAGGUUUUUAAGAAGCUAUGAACAGGCCUAAUGGAAGAUCUAUUGUCAGUAGAGCUUGCAGGUUGGGAAGAGUAAUCUGCAGGUGCUAAGUUUCACUAAAGCAAGAAAAUGCAGCACGACAACUUAAAAGUUGUCACUUUGUAUAGGUAGCUGCCAUUUUACAAUAUCACCCAAGAAGUUGAUGUGGAUAUGCUAAAUGGGCAAAUUAACUGUAUAGGGACGUAUACAGUGAUUCAUUCAGUACUUUAUAGAACAGGCAAUAUAGACUAAAUGACACUGGAUUUAAAAGGUGUGUAGGAAAAGAUGGAACUGAGUGUAUGUAUAUAAAUCCUUAACUAGUAGGACAGAUCAAGAAAACAAUUAGUAAAGAAUAUGCGAUACAGGCGUCUUAAUAGAAACAUAGAAUACAAAAAGCAAGGACGUUAUGGCGAACCGGUCGGAAGCACUGGUAUGGUCACAACUGGAGUGUGACAUCCAUUUCUGGCCACCUCUCUUUAUUAAAGAAUUAUUAGAAUAUUUCUCACAUUGAGGUUUUCCAGCUGUAAGAUUAGACAGAAGGAGUUGGAGCAGAGGUUACAAGGUGAUCUGAAGGGAGUGUGCAAGGUCAUAAUAUGUAUAGAUUGGGUAAGUGGAGGAAGUAGGCCCAGUUAGAGGAUGGUUGGAAUCUAGGGAACAUGGAUUAGUGUGAUGGUUGAGAACAUGGGAAAAAGUUUCUUUAUGCAGCAAGUUUUAUGAUCUAACUUUUCCUGUUAACCUGCGCAACAGAGACAAUUAAGGCUCAAAGAGGAGAAUUGGGCCAGUUCUUGAGGAAAAAACAUUUGCACAGUAUGGGGAGAAUCAGGAAAUUGGAUUGAGUGGAUUGCUAUAUGAGGAGUGAUUGAUAAGUUUGCGACCUAAGGUAGAAGGCGUGAAUUUUAGAAAACCUAGCACAUUUAUUUUUCAACAUAGUCCCCUCCUACAUUUACACACUUAGUCCAGUGGUCGUGGCGCAUACGGAUCACCAUCAGGGGUGAUUGAUAAGUUUAUGGCCAAAGGUAGAAGGAGAUGAGUUAUCAACUUCAAACUUUCUGCAUAAUCACUGAAAGAGUUGAACUGCAUGUGCAUGUAACGAGAGCUGUAUAACUCAUCUCCUUCUACCGCAGGCCAUGAACUUAUCAAUCACCCCUGCUGUGGACACUUUCUGGAGAUCCAAGAUCCGUAUGCUCCAUGACCACUGGACUAAGUGUGUAAAUGUAGGAG